GUCUCCUAGGACUUGAGUACUCCGGUAGCCCCCGCGGCUGGAGAGCAAGUGAUUACCAUGGACGGGUUCCAUAUAUUCUCUUCAGAUAAUUACACAGAGGAUGACUUGGGCUCAGGAGACUAUGACUCCAUAAAGGAACCCUGCUUCCGGGAGGAAAAUGCCCAUUUCAACCGUAUCUUUCUGCCCACUGUCUACUCCAUCAUCUUCUUGACUGGCAUAGUGGGUAACGGAUUGGUCAUCCUGGUCAUGGGUUACCAGAAGAAACUGAGAAGCAUGACAGACAAGUACAGACUGCACCUGUCUGUGGCAGACCUCCUCUUUGUCCUCACACUUCCCUUCUGGGCAGUUGAUGCCGUGGCAAACUGGUACUUUGGGAAAUUCCUGUGCAAGGCAGUCCAUGUCAUCUACACAGUCAACCUCUACAGCAGUGUCCUCAUCCUGGCCUUCAUCAGUCUGGACCGGUACCUGGCUAUCGUCCAUGCCACCAACAGUCAGAGGCCAAGGAAGCUGUUGGCUGAAAAGGUGGUCUAUGUUGGUGUCUGGAUACCUGCUCUCCUGUUGACUAUUCCCGAUUUCAUCUUUGCCAACGUCAAGGAGGGGGAUGGGAGAGACAUCUGCGACCGCUUCUAUCCCAACGACUUGUGGUUGGUGGUGUUCCAGUUUCAGCACAUCGUGGUUGGCCUUAUCCUGCCGGGUAUCGUCAUCCUGUCUUGCUAUUGCAUUAUCAUCUCCAAGCUGUCCCACUCCAAGGGCUACCAGAAGCGAAAGGCCCUCAAGACCACAGUUAUCCUCAUCCUGGCUUUCUUUGCCUGCUGGCUGCCCUACUACAUUGGGAUCAGCAUCGACUCCUUCAUCCUCCUGGAAAUCAUCCAGCAAGGGUGUGAGUUUGAGAGCACUGUGCACAAGUGGAUUUCCAUCACCGAGGCCCUAGCCUUUUUCCAUUGUUGCCUGAAUCCCAUCCUCUAUGCCUUCCUUGGGGCCAAAUUUAAAACCUCUGCCCAGCAUGCACUCACCUCUGUGAGCAGAGGGUCCAGCCUGAAGAUCCUCUCCAAGGGAAAGCGGGGUGGACAUUCUUCUGUUUCAACCGAGUCGGAGUCUUCGAGUUUUCACUCCAGCUAA